CAAUGUUCUUUCUCUCGCUCUCUCUCCCAUUGCAUCCUCUGUAGAGUUUCCUUGUCAAAACUUCCUGUAAAUUCUCAAUUCCAAGCGUUUUCCUGCACCCCCCUCCUCCUCCUCCUCCUCAGGAGCAGAUAAUAAUACACAGCACUGCCCCACUAGUUAUGUUAUUACUGCUUUGCCUCCAACAUCGUGCUGUCUCUGUCCACAGAAGGGUUAACCAACCAGGGGCUUAAAAAAUCUGAAAUUCAUUUGUGUCCACCUUACACCCAUAGUGGAUUUCAUGCUCCCCUUGGAUUGUCCAUCAGAGGGUCCCGGCUCCUAAACCAAUCCUAUUCUUCAUCAAGUCUACUGCCAGCCGAAAGAAUGAAGAUGUCUCAGGCAUAUAUCAUAAUACCGAUCUUAUGGAUAUUGGUCCAUAUCCAGUCUGGCAAAUCUCUCAAUCCCAAUGACCCCAAUGUCUGCAGUUUUUGGGAAAGUUUCACCACGGCCGUGAAGGAGUCAUAUGCCCAACCCUACAGUCAAUUAUCCCCAGAUUCCUGUGACAGCUCAUGGAACUACUUCAAGGACUGCACCCCUCAAAAAAUCCUGUAUCGGACAGCGUACCGACAUGGGGUAAAACUGGACUACAGAAAGAGAUACCGAUGCUGCAAGGGAUAUUAUGAGAGCAACGACAUCUGUGUUCCUCGUUGUACUCAGGAGUGUGUUCAUGGGCGUUGCGUUGCGCCAGACCAGUGCCAGUGUGAGCCCGGCUGGAGAGGAAAAGACUGCUCUAGCGCUUGUGAGGCCCAUGUAUGGGGGCCUAAGUGUAACGCCACCUGCCCAUGCCAGAACAGCGGGGUGUGUGACGCUGCCUCCGGAACGUGCAUCUGCCCUGCAGGCUUCAAGGACCCUUUCUGCGAGAAACCCUGUGACCCGGGGACUUAUGGAAGUGGCUGUUCACUCAGUUGCCAGUGUGAGAAUGGAGCUGGGUGCCACCCUGAGAAUGGAGCUUGCCUGUGCCCAGAGGGAUACACUGGACCAUACUGUGAAAAACGAUGUACAGAGGUCCAGCCGGCCAACUGCUCAGACCACUGCUUGUGCCAGAGUGGGGGCAUCUGUAACCAGAGCUCAAGCGAGUGCAGCUGCCCACCGGGAUGGAUGGGCUCUAUCUGCUCCAUUCCUUGCCCAGAAGGCUACUAUGGACGGAACUGCAAGCAGGAGUGUCUUUGCCACAAUAGCGGCCAAUGUGAUCCAAAAACUGGGCACUGCUUGUGCUCUGAGGGCUACACUGGUGAUCACUGCAGAGAAGAAUGUCCUAUUGGAAAAUAUGGGAAGGACUGCGGUGAGAAAUGUGACUGUAUUAACGCAGUGCGGUGCUACCACAUUAAUGGGGCCUGCCUAUGUGAGCACGGAUUCCAAGGGGUGACUUGUGAGGAGCGAAUGUGCCCCCCUGGCUUGUAUGGAAUGCCCUGCAACCUUCGUUGUCUGUGUGACCCUAUGCACUCCCAGAGCUGCCACCCAAUGAGUGGGGAGUGUGUGUGCAAACCAGGCUGGGCUGGGCUUUACUGCAAUGAGACUUGCCCCCAUGGCUAUUUUGGAACCAACUGCCAAGAGCCGUGUGUCUGUCUGAAUGGUGGAUCUUGCGACAGCGAGACGGGGGACUGCAUCUGUGCUCCAGGCUUCACGGGACCCCAGUGCUCCAGUUAUUGCCCAAUGGAAACGUAUGGGGCCAAAUGCUCUCAGCAGUGUGGAUGCAAGAACUCCCUGGCCUGCUCGCCUAUUGACGGCUCCUGUGUGUGUAAGGAAGGCUGGCAAAAAGGGGAUUGUUCCUUACCCUGCCCCAAAGGAACAUGGGGUUAUAACUGCAACAGAACAUGUGAGUGCACCAACAGUGCUUCCUGCAGCCCCAUCAGCGGUCUCUGCUCCUGCACCUCAGGGUGGUAUGGUGACAAAUGUGAACAACCGUGUAAGGAUGGAACCUUUGGUCCUGGGUGUAGGCAACAAUGUGAAUGUGAGAAUUCAGAUAAAUGUGACCCCAUCACCGGGCAGUGCCGAUGCUUACCAGGAUGGACUGGUCCAGACUGUAAACAGAGCUGCCAGGAAGGAUUUUGGGGAAGGAACUGCAACAUGUCCUGCGACUGUAAAAAUGGAGCCAACUGCUCCCCAAAGGAUGGAUCCUGUACAUGUGCCGCUGGUUUCCAGGGCCCGGACUGCGACAAUAUUUGCACCCAUGGACGCUACGGGAAGAGGUGUGUACUCACCUGCAAGUGCUCCAAUCACUCCACGUGUAACCACAUCGAUGGCUCGUGCAAAUGUUUCCCUGGUUGGAAAGGCAACGACUGCUCAGAGCCUUGUGCGUUUGGUUUCUGGGGUAAGAACUGUGCCAGUAUUUGCAACUGCCAACAUGGAGGACACUGCAGCCCCACUGAUGGCACCUGCAUUUGUCCCAUUGGAUGGACUGGGAAAACUUGCUCGGAAGUCUGCCCCCUGGGGUCCUAUGGAGAGAACUGCAUCCACAAGUGCAGGUGUCAGAACGGAGCCGAGUGCAACCACAUGACUGGCAAAUGUUCCUGCCUGCCUGGAUAUCAUGGGGCCCUCUGUGAAACCAAGUGCCCUGACCGAACGUACGGACUGAAAUGUCACCAGGUCUGCGAGUGUCUCAAUAACGCCACGUGUCACCAUGUCACCGGGUACUGCCAAUGUGAAGCUGGCUGGUCCGGAAUACACUGUGAUAAAGCCCUCAAUGUGGAGGUUCCAUUUACAAUGGUGCCAAAUUCACCUGCAGCCACAGAUUCCAUAGGCCCCAUAAUUGGCAUUGUUGCCCUGGCAAUCCUGGUGGUGGUGCUGAUUGGCUUCUUCCUCUACUACAGACACUGGCACAAAGAUAAAGUGACCCGCAGUCUGACUGUCGCCUACACACCCACGAGGCCAGCCAGUUCAGUGUAUGAAGUACCAGAUGUUCCCCCAGUUGGAUAUCUGCAUUAUUAUUCCAACCCGAGCUACCAUACACUGUCCCAGUGCGGCCCCUGCCCACCUCCUGUUCCCAAUAAGCCAGAGAGACCCAGUUCAGUAAAGAUGGCGGGUAAAGGGCAUUUCCCUAAAGUGAAACACACAGAAAGGGAGCGUAUUGGAGGCUACGGGACUGAUUACAACUCCACGCUGCCGGCUGACUGGAAACAACAUGGCGUACCAUUGAACUCAAGAGAUUUGGGAGGGCACCGGAUCGAUAGAAGUUACAGCGUUGGUGUGUACUAUAAUAAAGCAAAUUAUUACGUGAAAGACUCCGGCCUGAGCACCAGCUCCAGCUCUCUGAACAGCGAGAAUCCCUACGCCACCAUCAAAGACUUCCCAAUGCUGCCGGGGAAGCUGACUGAAGGCAGCUACAUGGAGAUGAAGUCUCCUGUCCAUAGAGAAAUGUCUUACGCGGAAAUUGGACUCUUCGACGAAGAUGCCCAGUACCAGCAGGAUCUUAUGGAGGAAGAAGAAUUCCCUCUAGGGGCAGAGGGUGUCACCACUAUCCGUCAGAACAACGCGCCACCAACUAACCAUUAUGAUUCACCAAAAAACAGUCACAUUCCCAGUCAUUAUGACAUGCCACCGGUACGGCAAUAUCCUCCAUCGCCCCCAGCAAAGCAACAAAACCGAUGAGGCACCUUCUUGCAGCAGGUGGAGAGUCUUCAACUGGACCAAUUGGUAGAACUGCCGUAUAUAUAUAUAUAAUAUCAUUAAGACUUCAAUAAGACUGAAGAGCUUUGCAGUUGCCUUCUGGAAGUGUCCGGUUAUUUGUUCCUCCAAAGCAUGAAUUUCUCGGUGGGACUCUAUAGAGUUUUCCCACCAUCUGUUUACAUGCAGCACUCAUCAGGGCUGUUACAACACUAGAUGGGGGACGGCCCUUCUGGAUUUAAAGUCCAGUUUCAAUGUGAAUGGACAGAAACACCUUUGUUGUGAAUAUUUCUUACAAUAGUCCAGUAGACUUCAACAUAUACAGAAACUGCCUUCUAAAGACCACUGUGCUUGACUCUACAUGUCAACCAAUCCUACGUUGUUCUUUCAAACAGGGCUUUCUCAGCAGCCAAUGAUCCAAUGAUAUCCAGCCAAUGGAUUGUGGGCCUUUUUAAGGUUUCUUCUGUUUUCUCCAACAAUGCCACAUGGACAACUAAGUCUUCAUUUUAUGGAGGGUUAGGGAUACAUGAGCCACAGAUUUUGUACCCUUUAUAUAAUACACAAGAUCCAUGAAUAUCCUGUAAAUGAUACGGUGACUAGUGAUGUCAUCAGUUCUAAAUGAUGAGUAGUGAUGUCAUU